AUGGUCCCAAUUCCAGACUGGAUCCUUCACUAUAUCUAUGGGCUUCCAUGUCCAACAACCGGUAAAAGAGAUGAGAAGACACGCAUGAAAGUACUGGCUGUCGGUAUCUCACGGUCGGGAACCGAGUCCCUACGCGAAGCGCUCCAUAUUAUCGGCUUCGAACAUACUCACCAUGGUUUCGACACGAUUCUCCCACCGUCAUCGUUGGAGACAAUAUACCGUCUUCUUCAAAAGAAAUAUAGCACAUUCGAGAAUGAUAAGCAAACACAACAAUUAAAUGCGGAAGAUUUCGAUACGGUUCUAAGUGAUUGCGUGGGUGUUAGCGACCUCUUUGCGGCGGAAUUUGCAGUAGAGCUGAUUACCGCAUACCCGGAUGCAAAAGUAAUUCUCAACAUCCGCAAAGAUCUGGAUGGCUGGUAUUCCAGUAUGGAGCAGACAAUGGGUUAUUUUGCUCGGAAUCCGAUCGAUUGGGAUUGGUGCAAAAGCUGGUUCAGCGCCGAGCUAUUUUGGAUCCGCCAAACAAUGUCCCGGACGAUGAUGCCCCGGUUCUUUCGGGGAGGUUUUCAUUCCAGUGGGAAAUUGAUUUACAAGGAGCAUGUUGCCACGAUACGAAGUUUGAAUCUUCCAGAAGACAGAUUGCUGGAAUGGUCGGUAGAAGAUGGCUGGGAACCCCUUUGCAAGUUUUUAGGCCGAGAUGUUCCAACUACAAUUUUUCCUAAUGGUAACCCCCCGAAGGCCUGGGCAGACCGCAUCGCAAAUACGAUGCAAAAGCAUCACGAACAGGCAGUCAAGAAUAUGAUUGCCUUCAGCUCGGCCGUAUUUGUGGCGUCGGUUAUGUUGUGUACUUACUUAUCCAUGCGUUAG